UCGUCUCGCGUUUCUCUCCGAGAGGGCGAACGAUCCCCGCGAGCGAGUGCAGACGACAUAAUUUCGCUUCCGUCGCGAGUGCGGCACCAGUAUACCGCAGCAUGCCGUUCGAUUUGCGAGCUGCCCUUUAAUCACUUCACUGUCGCUUAGCGCAAGGCAACUCAUCCUCCGGGAAGUUCAGUGCAACACCUCGACUGGAGGCUGCAGUGAUCUCUGGUGAAUCGCUGCUCGCUGAAGUGACUCGACGCGCUCCCAGUGUGCGCGUGUGCGCGUGUGUGUGGCGCGCGCGGCCCUUUCGAUUUCGUUCGAGCGGCCACUGUGGACUCGAUAGCGUGGUAGUACGGCAAGAAGAGAGUGGGUGCUGCGCAACCGGCCGCCGGACGACGAGAAAGGGGCCACCUGGAAGCCGGCGCGGUUUCGAAGUACACCCCGAGUGUUGUUGGAGCGUGUUGUCUCGUUUGUUGCGCAAAGGACCCGGAGAAAUUCUUGCAGCCAGCAUGAGCGGCCACGUCGGGGAUCUCAGCCCCAAGCAGCAGCAGGCGCUUCAACAGUUCCGGGAGGUGUGCAAAGACCUGCUGAAUAACGACGAUGACGACUAUUACUGCCUCCGGUGGCUAAGAGCCCGAAACUUUGACAUCCAGCAAGCUAAGGAGAUGAUGAAAAAGUCCAUCGCAUGGAGGAAAGCCCACAACAUCGAUGAUUUGACAAAGGACGACUAUAAGCCACCAGAGUUCGUGCACAGAACUUUGAUCGGGGGCAUGUACGGCGUCCACAAACACGGUGGUCCUGUCUGGAUCUACCCCUUCGGCAACUUCCAGAUCAAACCGUUCCUUCGAGGCUGCACAAUCAAGGAGAUCCUCACGUACAUGGCAUGGCGUUGCGAGCAGGGUAUAAAGAAGAUGCAAGAACAGUCCAAAAAGUUGGGAAAGGUCGUGGAUACGCAGGUAGUGAUCUUCGACUUUGACAACUUCUCCAUGCUGCAAGCCCUCACAGCCGAAGCUGUGAGUGCGGUGUCCGCGUUUAUUCGAAUGUACGAGGCCAACUACCCAGAGCGGUUACACCAAGCCUUCGUCAUCAACGUUCCAUCUCUGUUCUCCGUUCUGUUCAACCUUAUCAAGCCCCUGCUGACAGGAAACACGCUUACGAAAGUCCAUGUCCUCGGAAAAGGCGACAACUGGAAGGAAGCCAUCCUGAAGUACGUGGACGCCGACCAGCUACCCAAGCAGUGGGGCGGAAACUGCGUCGAUGACAUUACCGGCGACCCAUUCUGCUCGACGCAUAUCACCGUCGCGCGGCCGAUCACGGAGGCCGACUAUCGGCGCCGCAGCAGCGUGAUCGUGAACGGCGACCAGGGCGGCUCGGCGGCGGCCACAGUGUCCGUGGACCGGCGCAGCUGCCACGAGGUGCCGGUGACGGUGACGAUGGCCGGCUCUCGCCUGUGCUGGGAGUACGAGACCGAGGACCACGACAUCGGCUUCGCCGUGGUGCGCGCCCAGGACGACCCGGCCGCCGAGGACGUGACCGUGCUGUCCUGGCAGCGCGAGGACUCGCACCUCAAGCCGCGCGAGGGCAGCAUCCUCUGCGAGGAGCCCGGAACCUUUGUGCUGAAGUUUGACAACUCGUUCAGCGCCUACCGCAGCAAGAAGCUCACUUACACCGUUCGAGUGGUACCGCCUACCAUCAUCGAGGGACAGGACGAGGCGUGACGUCACACGCCCACUCUCCCUUCCCCGUCAAGCUAGCUUCAUAACAGCGGAGCUGACCGUUCAUCAACGCAGAAGGCAACCGAAUUCACAAUGACUCCAACGUGCACAAAAGCAAGCGCUGCCACCACUUAGACGCGUACAAUCAACUAACGAUGGUGAACACACCAGCCCCGCGACAAUAACAUGACACUGGGCUACACUCUUACCCCUUCGUCUCUUUUUGCUGUCCAGCGAGAAAACUGAACGGUUAAAUUAUUUACUGUUGCUACGUUCACUGGAACACGAGACAUGUUAAGUCAUGGAAAUGACAUAGGGGUCAACAACACAAAACUACUCUUAAGCUUGCACAACCGCACGUCGCUUGCUUCCCUUCACGCUCAGUCAGCUGCUCGGUGAACUGUCCCCUGCCAGUCACUAAGCGAACCGUAAGCACAAUCAGCCUAUUAUUGAUGUUUGCACAUCCACCCUGAGCUUGAAGUAACUUUACAACUUUUUUUCGCCAUAUCCCAAAUGAGAAUCGUUGUAGAUGCUGAAUAGAAAGAGCAAUUAGAGUUUUCCUGAAACCUCUGGCGUCGAUAACAUGACAGAAAGGUUUAAUAUGAGGCCCGGAGCAUGGAUGUACAUUAGAAAUCAGGAUGCAUUGGUGUUCGACGUCCCUAUCGCAUAUCUUUGAAACAGUAUAGUUGCAUACGCAUGUAUGAAUGUGGACUUGAGCACUAACACCUUGAAAAAUUAAUAUCUGUGUGCAUUAACCGCUUAUAUUUUAGUUCGGACCCUGAAGUAGAGUUGUGGCACAAUGUUGUCUUGCACCUGGACAGUAUUAGUGAACUUCAAUGAAAGAUUGCUGUGGCAGUGGUGCAGAAUGAGUCACAAGGGUUGCUCGUUUGAAAGCUCGGACGCUGCAGUCAGUUUGUACACCCGUCCAACAAUAUUUUUUUGCCAAUUGUGUAUAAAGUGUUUGUUAUUGCAUUCACUGUUAUUUGCUUGUUUUGUUUUACGUAACUAUCCUGCCUUCGCGGGAGCAAAUAAAAGAGCACUUUGUUAGUUUCCUGUUCAA